AUGGCUGCAGUUGCGGCUGCUGCUUUUACUUCUGAUCGCGCCGAAGCCCAGGAUUUAUCUUGGAUGCGAGCAACCAUAACAAUCCAGCAGAAGCAGCAACGCAAGGAACGAGCCCUGCGAGUGCUGCAGCAGCAGCAACUGGAUUGGGCGCCGCAUCGGCCCCACUAUCUAAAGGCUUUUGCUGCCCCUCCAGAGUCGGACGCGAUAGCGACAUUCGUUGUCGCUACUACAGUGCGAGCAACAGAGACAACAGCUGCGGACAGUGCACAACUUCCGGUAGAGGCAACGGCAGGAGCAGCCACAGGACGUGCGGACAACAGCGUAGACGCUGCGAACAGAAUUGAAAAUGCGUAUUUAAGAGGAGACUGCAGUUGCCUCGCGGCUGUCGCCUCAGAGCAGCUGCCGCUUCUGGAGCAGCCGCAGCGACAAGGAUCGAGCUUGCUAGCCCCUGCGCUGCUGCUCCUGUCUUUGCUGCGCCCCCCGCAGAGAGACCACCGGAUACAGCGUGUCGUUGUUGCUGUACGUGAAGCAGUGCAGCAGCAGGAGCAGUCGCAGUUACCAUCUGCUUUCACGCCUGGCGAAUGUGCGGCUCUCAUUUGUGCCUUUGGGAAUUUGGAGUCACCAUUCGGGGGCGAAGCUGCAGCUUCACUAGCGCGUCUUCUUGUCUCCAUCAGAAGGCAACGUCUGCUGCGGCCACGCGGCUUUGCUGCUGUCCCAGCUUCUGCUGCCACGUUGGUUGCUCCCUCUGAAGCAUUUCCUUUGCUUCAUCGUCUCCUUGAGUGCCCUGAUCUCUCUCCUAGAUGUUGUACAUGGGCGUUUGUCUACCUCCCCUUAGAUUUAACAAUUUUUGUCAAGUAUCGGCGGGCGUCAGCUUCCAUUUGCAGCAUUGUGCUCGCUUUUGAGGCAUUCGAUUUGCCGCUGCGGUGUGUUUACUCGCUGCAGCAGAGCUGUUGUGUGCUCCAAGCGGCAGCCUACGCAGCGUUUUUUCCUCAACAGGUUUCUCUGUUGCUGGUUCCUGCGUGCUCAACGGCACAAGCGGCUGUUUCAGCGAAUGCGGAUUCGGCAGCAACAGCACGAAGAUGUAAUGGCAGCAUUUCCUCACCUGCCCCUGUUUACCUUGAGACUCUUCCGGGACAGAUUGAAACUACGGAUACACCGGAAAGAUUAGGACUAGCGACUAGAAUCACGGCAGCAACUUGCAGAGUCGCAGAAGCUCUCAACAGUAACCGCGAAACAUCCGGAAAUGAAGAGGCGCUAUCAAUUGAAAGUAUAUUUCGCUUUGCAGAGGCCCUGAUGCUAAGAGACAUAUCUUUUGUUGCUCAGCUGAACCUUCUUGCUUUGCAACAGCAGCAAACACAGGAUUGCCAGAAAGAGCAGGGCCAGCCUCACGAGAAGGACUGGCAGCGGAAGGAACAUCAGCAAGUGCAUCAGGUGUUCGCUGCGUAUAAGAAGGAGUUAGACGAAAUUAUCGGGCUAUUGCUGAACUCCAUAUUAAGACAACGAAAAGAUUGGGGCCUGUGUUUGCUGGAAGAGUUUCUUUCUUUCUUCAUUGCCCUAUUGCGCCUUCUCGGUAUUGGCAACCCGGAGAGGCUUGCACUUGCUGCUACACUGAAGGAUAGCAGAGGACAGCAAAAGAUGCAGCAGCAGGAGCAACAAACGUGGCGGACGUUGGAAAAAGAACCGCUCGGACGAGACAUAUGGCUCCAUCUGUCGGACGGCAGCAGCAACAACGGGAGCAACACGAGCCUGACAGCAGCCGCUUUGCAUCUGCGCGCUGUUGCUCUGCUGUGUAGCAGCACCGAGACCUUAGAUCUUAUGCCUCUUACUGAGGUGCCUUGUGGCGUCGCAGCAGCAGCUGCAGCUGCUGCUUCCCCGGCAACUUCUUUUGGGAUAGAUAUGGAGGGGUGGGGGCAACAGCAACUGUUGCAGUGGCAGCUAGCCGCAGCGGCGGACUUCACUCCUAUCCCAGUGGCUGCAAUGCAGCAACAACAGCGCUUCGAUACUUAUGUCUACCUGGCACAGCAGAAGCAGCGUGCUGCUCAGCUCCAAGCUAGGACUGCAGCGUUGCUGCUGCGCCCCACCACAACUGCAGAGGACGUGGUUGCUUCUGAAGCAACUAGCUCAGCCGACACACCAACAGUAACAAAAGCGGCAAGGCAGACAGCAGGAGCAACAGCAGUGCCCGAUGAACAAGCAGUGGUAACGGUAUCUCCUCCAGAAGAAGUUGGACUGCGUUUGCCUGCGCUGCUAAGAGAAGCUACGGAGUCGAUUUUCCGCUUCUCCACAUCUGUCUCUCCAGUUGCAUUGCUCGUGCUGCGGAGCCUUAUUGCACUCAAUAGCCUGCAAAUACAGAGCCGUGCUCCGCUCUCAAUUCUGCAGCAGCUUACAGAAGCCUGGGAGCUGCUUCUUACCUGCAGCAGUGAAGAACUUCUGCAGCAACAAGAGGCGGCAACAGCAGCAGCAGCAACCUUCCGAGCUUUUGCUCUUCUGCACCUCUACAGAAGCAUGCAGUGGCAGAAGCUCGCGUUGCUUAAGCAGCUUCGGCAACGGCAGCAAGACUGUUUGAAACACGAUCAACAGAAGCACGACUUGCAACAGCGGUUGCAGCAAGAAGAAAGGCUGCGGCAUUCUAUAAGACAGUUGCGCCGGUCUAUGUUUUCUGUCCGUUGGCAGCAAAUUACGCUCUUGGAUUCGCUACGUAAUUUGCACCGCGAGAGACGGCCACCGAAAGAGACUGCUGCAAUUCUCGUGGCGCUUGCCGCUGGUUCGUUGCUACGUCCAGCGCAUGUGAAAGUGUUAACACCGUCACUUCUGGAGGGACUCCAGGGCAAUCAGCAGCAACAAGAGCAGCCGCUGCUACACCAAAAGGAAACGACAGCAGCAGUUAUCUCUUUGCUUACUCUUAAGUGUCUUCUUCCAGAAGGAUCUGUCCCGGAGGAGUUACUUACGUAUGUGCUGCAUGCGGCGAGGGAUGCAGCAGCGGCGCUGCAGCCACGAGAAAUUGCUGUGGCUCUGUACAGCCUGCGGCCGCAGACUCACAAAGGGCUGAGCUUGCAGGCGCUGCUCCCGUUGCAGGACUUGCGGAGGCGAUUGCUGCAGCAGUCAGCAUUCCUUUUGCCUUAUUUUCUGCCUGAGGAUCUUCUUGUUUUUCUGGCGUCUGUGGAAGAUGCUCCUCCGGAGCUGAUGCGACAAGCUUUUGGGUUUAUGUAUACAGCAAUCCCUUAUUACACUCCCCAGCAAUUAGCAUCAGUAAGCCAUUACUUCCUUGACUGCCUUCUACGACGAGCUUUUGCAUGA